AUGUAUUAUGGUGCUUCUGUUCCAACUCAAACAGUAGCUGCUCCUCCUGUGUUUGUGUGCUUUGAUGUUAGAUAUGAGCGGAUACUAAGUUUUAUCACAGCCCCCAAGGAGCUCCUGGUUUCGCUUCGCGCCGCAUCAUUGAUCGAAUACAAAGGGAAGCUAGCUGUCGUUGUACCACUCUUUGUCCGGGGAUGCUUGUUAUUCUUUCGGCCACUUUAA